AUGUCGAGCAUUAUACAAGAUGUUUACUACGAAGUAUUUAUAAGGUUACCGGUGGAAUCGCUACUUUUAUGCAGGUCUGUAUGCAAAUCUUGGGUUUCCAUUAUAUCGAGUCCCGCCUUUGUUAAAUAUCAUCUGGAUUUCAACUCUAAAAACACUCCUAGACUUAUUUAUCAAAAUCCUGAAAGGAAUUUUUGCAUCUCAUCAUCAAAAUCUGAGAAGGACGUAGGUUGCCCCUCAUUUAAAGAUCCUAGCUGUGAUAUUGAUUUGUUGGGUUCUUGUAAUGGUUUGGUUUGCUUAAGGUUUGGUUAUAAUGGUGGACUCCUUUGUGUUUGGAACCCAGCCACGAGACAAUGCAGCAAAAUACCACGAUCACCGAACGGAGUUCCGAAGCCUGAGAUCAAUAAUACUUAUGCUUUUGGUUAUGAUUACAAAAUUGGUGACUACAGGUUGUUAAUAGCUAGAGAAUCUUCUGUAGAUGUUUACACAUUAGGAUUGGGUUCAUGGGAGAACAAUGAUGAUGGUGAUAUUCUUUUACAAGAUGGCAGCGGUGUAGUUUUAUAUGACCCGGAGCAUCCAAGUGCUAUUAAACAAAUUUCUCAUGGUUCAAAUGCGGUUGACAAACAUAAUUAUGUUGAGAGCCUAAUUUCACCCAACUCUUGUACUUUUAAGUGA